AUGGCGCCGACAAGAGCACGUUCUGAGCUCCCCUCGGCGUCUCAGAGGCUAGCAGUACGUCCAGAGGCAACGGGUAUCUUGUCGCGCCAGCUGCGCAGCGAAAUUCCAGAAUAUGAGCCUCCUAAAUAUCCACUAUCAGACACAUCAAGGCGCAAGCUUGAGGUGUUGGCGAAAAAGUACGAGCGGCGAGAUUUGGGGAAGAAGCACGCAGCCGCUUUGAAACUGCUAAGUGCUUGCGCGCACGAUAUCAAUGAGGAACUGGCGAACCUGGAGCGCCAGCUUGAUAAGCAGCAGAAGAAAGCAGAGAAGGGCGCAGAGAACGCCGACGUAGAAUCGUGGCAGCAAAAGCUUGACGACUACAAACCGAAGCACCAGAACUUCCAGAAACGCAUCGAAAAGUAUGCCAGGACUUGUGUGGACCUGACGCAACGGCAUGAAGCUCUGGUCAAAGCGACUCAAAAUAGCGCGGAGGCAGCGCCACUGGGGCAGACACCUUCUCAGAGAGUCACAAGGAGCACGCAGGCAGAGAGUAUGAGCAGUUUUGAACCAACUCUACCUGGUGGGACGGCAGCAGAUGCCGAUGGCGAUAUCGCAAUGGCCGAAGCAUCAGAAAGCGCCCUGCAAAGAUUCAAGACACAAAGGCAAAAAGAUGUGGAACAUUGGAAAUCUUUGAGUUUGUUUGACCGCUAUGCCAACAACAGAGACUAUGCCAACUAUAAAGAAGCGGAACAUGAGGGAUAUUAUGGCGACGAACAAGAUGUGCCUCCACCAAUGCGAUGGUUCCAGACUGAAGAACCGGCUCCGGGAACCGCUACUCAGGGGGCUGCGGAGGAGAGUGAUGACGAUGUCCAGAUAUCAAGUACCAGAAUCAGCACGAAGUGUCCUCUUACACUGAGGGAAUUUGUGGAUCCUGUAAUGAGCACUGUUUGCAAGCACACCUUCGAGAAGGACGCCAUCGUAGAAUUGAUAGGUAAUAGACCGCGGACACAGUGUCCUGUUGGCGGUUGUUCAAACCAUAUUACUAAAGCACAGUUGGCACCGAAUGAGAAACUAUUGCGAAAAAUACGUCGGAUUCAGCAAUCACGCAGCCGCCGUCGCGAGGAGCUGGAUGAUGAGACCAUACCGCGUGGAACCAACGCAAACACGUCAAUAUUGUUAUCUGACGGACCGGAUGCAGGAGGCUUCCAAUCUCUUGACGCCGAUUUUAUCCCCAAGAAAGAGGCUAUGUCACAGUCACAGCAACGGACCAGGGCUAUGGCAACGCAAUCCGACGUCACCGAUGACGACCUAGGGGGUGAAUGA